UGCACCUACUUCUGAGUUUGGUGUCAUCAAAGAUGGCGAUUUGCUGAGUGCUCAUGGACACAUCUCAUGGUCAUGGAUAAAUAUUAUCUUGCUUGAACUUGUGGUUAAAUGUCAUUUCUGUUUUACUUAUGAAUAUUUUAAAACAGCUGUAAUUGAAGCACAAGGGCGAAACAGCGUUAGCUACUGCAACAAUGCAAAUCACAUUAAAGACACUGCAACAGCAGACCAUUCAAAUUGACAUAGACCCAGAUCAAACGGUGAAGGCACUGAAGGAGAAGAUAGAAGCAGAGAGGGGAAAAGAUAACUUCCCAGUGUCUGGACAAAAGCUCAUAUAUGCUGGCAAAAUCCUGCAAGAUGACACGCCUAUUAAAGACUACAAAAUUGAUGAGAAGAAUUUCGUUGUAGUUAUGGUAUCGAAGGCAAAGUCUGCCACAGCUGCAUCAACACCUUCCUCAGAGGGACCCAAGGCCCCUGUCCAAGACUCUGGGUCGUCUGCGGGCCCGGCCCCUGCAGCCAUCCCUAUCCCCCCAGAGGAGCCCACACCUACAGUCGCAGAGCCCCCAGCUCCAGCCAGCUCCGACCCUAGUAUGGAGGUUCAGGGGGGAGAUGCCUCCUCUGCCUUGGUGACAGGAGCGGAGUAUGAGACCAUGCUGACAGAGAUAAUGUCUAUGGGUUAUGAGAGGGAGAGCGUGGUAGCUGCUCUCCGGGCCAGCUUCAACAACCCCCAUCGGGCUGUGGAGUACCUCCUCACUGGCAUUCCUAGCAGUCCGGUCCAAGAGACUAAUCUCCCAGCACAGCUUCCUGCAUCUGCCCGCACAGAGACCCCUACUGUAGCUGAGGGAGAAAACCCUCUGGAGUUCCUGCGUUCCCAGCCUCAGUUCCAGAGCAUGAGGCAGGUGAUCCAGCAGAACCCCUCACUGCUGCCAGCUCUGCUCCAACAGCUGGGCCGGGAGAACCCACAGCUCCUACAGCAAAUCAGCCAGUACCAGGAGCUGUUCAUCCAGAUGCUGAAUGAGCCGGCGGGGGAGGUUGGAGACGUGCCUGAGGUGGGGGACCUGGGUGCUGCAGUGGAGGAGGGAGCUUCAGUCAACUACAUUCAGGUCACGCCUCAGGAGAAGGAAGCCAUCGAGAGGUUAAAAGCGUUGGGUUUCCCAGAGGCGCUGGUGAUCCAGGCCUACUUUGCCUGUGAAAAGAACGAGAACCUAGCUGCCAACUUCCUCCUGAACCAGGGCUUUGAGGAUGAAUGAGAGGCGCUGGCCUGCCCUCCUCUCCAGGCCAGCACAAGGACUGCACCCCACUGUAGAGCAACGAUCUUCAAGGGUGAAAGAGGAAUAAUGAAAUCCACUUGAAUUCCAAUGGAAUGUGUGGGAUUUGUUUAGGGCAGAUAUAUAUUGAGAUUUUGGAAGAGCUUUGGGAACGGGAGGGAGGGGGCUGAAGGGUUUGCGGCGUGUGUGUGUGUACAUGUCUGUGUGUACAGGUGGAUGCCAGUCAAUUAAGGUGCAAAGUCAUUGAUAUGCAUAUCUAAGUUUGUUAAUGCUGUAGCUGGAUGUAAUGGAAGCACAUUCUCCUUGAUGCAUUUCUACAAUGUUGGUGUAUUGAGGGGAAAGGGAAACUAAACUGACGGUCAUGAAGAGUCCACUUGUGGUCUGUUCACUUGAUUGCACCAGUCCCUCACAUUUCCUUUGCCAUUCAAAAACCGACCACAUAGCAAAACAUCUCAUCUCAUGAUAUUGUCAUACAGGCAAGCACAUUUUGCCAGCGGCCAGGCUAAAUUAUUUGAGGUCCCCUCACUUCACCUCAAAGCUAGCUCUUUUAGUUUUCACUCAGAUAUCCAUGAUCUCUCUGGGUGUGGAAAUGCUCAACAUCCUGAGUAAAUCGAGUGGUAUAGAACAACCAAAAUGACAAAUGGAUGUGUGUCUGCUCACAGAACCGUACAGGUACAUUACUUUGUGGAUUUGUCUGAAAAUGAGGUUUUGUUGAAGGGUUCACAGUCCUCUCUAGUGUUACGUCUCUGAGCUGACCAACGCUGACCUUACCUUUACAUAUAAUCCUCUGAAGGGGGGAAGAGAGAGAUGGCAGGGACCAGUCCUGGGAUGCUGGAGUUACUCACUUACCUCUUUCCCAAGGCUGAGGAGUAGACACACCACCUUUCUCAUAGGAUCUGAUUAAUAGUACACACAAAGGGCAGCUCAAAUACAACGGGACCAGCUGGUCGAGACACUAAGGGCUGGAUUCAACCCGUAUUGUGUAAAAAUGUACGGGUAAUUUCCUGUUGAGCCGACAUGCAGUCUCGGCGACCGUGGGAACAUUGCCUUUAAAUUGUCAAUAGCGCUAUAAAGCAGAUAUUCAGCACUACGGAUUGAAUAGAGCCCAAAAUGUCCAGUAGGAACAAGGGUCCACAUGAAGUCUUUAUUAAACCAGGACCGAGUCAUAGCCAAUAAUUGUCAUCAUCCACAGCCGGAAUGAGCCUAUUCAACAGUGUUUAGAGAUGAGGUGAAUCUGAAGUUUAAACCGGCUAUCGCCUCGCUUUAACCACCUGUUUCCAACUCAGAUAGUAAAAAAUGAGGCUUGGUUGACACAUGCCUUAUUACACUAAGGAUUCUCAGUGUUUUGAGAUGUUGCUAUUGUGGGUUUUCUGAGGGAACAGAGGGUACCAAGAAAUGUGGUUUUAUGAAUAUUCACUUAUCAAGUUAUGUUUUCUCUUUAACUUAACAUGGCAGGAGUUUAAAACAAAUACACAUGUGAAUAAAGUUUUCAAUCAACUUAUUUUCAAGGAAUAGUGAUCAUGACAAUAUGUUUGACUGCAUCUGUUUUUGUGAACAUGGCUUUUACUGACAGUGGCAUUUUACAGCAUCAACAUGAUCCGCUUCAAUGCUCAGCUUCAUUAAACAUCAAUAUGUCAUG